AUGAUCACUUUCAAGCUUUUCGUAACGAUAUACUUAUUUGGUGGUAUUACUUUCAUACCCCUUGUAGUUCUAACGUUACUAUAUUUUAACAAGCGGUCUGAAAAUGAAGAACAAGAGGUCACUGGUUCUAAAGCUGAGAAAUUACUCAUAACCGGUUUGGAUCCUGAAUUUAAAGCUGGUGAACUGGAAGAAUCUAAAGGUGUUGAGGUUCGUAGAAAAGGUUGGUUAACGGUAACAAAGAAAUACUAUUACCAUCACAAUGAAGUGAAAGAAUUGAUGGAAAAGCAUGGUGGUGAAGUUGAGGUACCACAGAGAUCUCAGCUCAAGAAAAGACACAGGUUUUAUGCCGUCUUAAGACACGGCAACCUUUUCCUCUAUAGAGACGAUGCUCCCAAGAGUAAUUUAGUUCAUGCCAUUUCAUUACAAGAUAGCUUUGUCACAAUUUGGCCAAGAGAUACUGCAAAUGAAGCUCCUGAUGCCGGAAUGUUUACAAAGAGAACCUGUAUUUCCAUUCUAAGGGAUGGUACCGCUACUUAUGAUGGUAUGUUACAUUUUCAUGCGAAUGCAAGUGCAGAGAACAAUUCAUCUUGGUCCCAAUUCUUUUUAUAUUUCGAUAACAAUAAUAUCGAAAAAGAGGAUUGGUAUUUCGAUUUGAUUAACGUCUCAAAGAGAGAACCAAAGGAUAAUGCAAAACCGACAAAUGUAAUUGAUCCAAACAAUUGUGCAAGAACUGCUCAUUUAAGGACACCGGAUGCACUUUACUUGGUUCAGGCAAUCCAUUCUACAGAAGGUCAAUUAACCACUCAAUGGUUUAACGCACUUUUAGGUCGCUUAUUUUUGUCGCUACAAAGAACUGACACUUUAAAGGAUUUCAUAUAUGGGAGACUUUACAAAAAACUGACCAAGUUGAAUAAACCAGGAUUUUUGGAUGAUUUUGUCAUUGAAGAAGUAGACGUGGGGAAUAGUGCCCCCAUGAUAACGAAUCCUAAACUGUUAGAAUUAUCCCCCACAGGAUUGACUAGGAUUUCUUUGGACAUGCAAUACAAGGGUAAUUUAUCUGUCAAUAUCGCGACCAAUGUGACAAUUAAUUUGGGUUCGCAUUUCAGGCAGAGGCAAGUGCCAGUUCAGUUGUCCAUUAAGAUAAAGGAAUUGACAGGACCCAUGUUUCUCACGGUUAAACCGCCUCCAUCAAACAGACUGUGGUACACUUUCCAAACAGAACCCAUAUUUGAUGUGGAAAUACAGCCAGUGGUUAGUUCAAGUAAAUUAUCCUACGGUAUGAUUACAAAGGCUAUCAAGGGUAAGUUAUUUGAAGCAAUAAAGGAAUCCCUCGUGGUACCGUAUUGGGACGACUUUGCAUUUUAUAACACUGAAGAUGAAAUUUACAGAGCCGGUAUCUGGGAGAAACACGAGAAAGAUUUUAACCAGAAUAAUAGUCAUCAUGAAGAAGAAAAGGUUUCUUCUCAAAAUUUCGAAGUUCAUAAGGAUCAAGAAGAUGAAGAUGACGAAAGUUCCUCCAGCGAUGAACCACGGACGCCCGAAAAACCUGCUAGGGGUGAUUUCCUUGGAAAUGAACGUUCAGAUAGUAUUGAUAGCGAUAGUAUUUCAAGGACUAAAUCUUCUGAUUCCAUGAAAACUCAAGACCCCACCUUAAAGAGUCGUACACUUCAAAAAGUAGGAAAUAUCAAGAGAGCAUGGACAAGCAAGAGUAAAGAAGAUUUAGAUAAUGAACAUGCAAUAGUAGACGAUAAUUUUGAUAAUCUUUCAAAUGCAGGAGAUCGUGAAGGUUCUAGGGAUUCUGCUGACUCCAAGAAAUAUUUCAAAAAUUCCUUGAGAAAGAUUGGUCAAUGGUACAGAGGCACUCCAAAUAGCUCUGUGACCAGUGAUGGUGAGGAAUCGAAUCAGGGUUCAAUUAAUCAUCCUCCAGAAAUGAUUUCUAAUAGAAGAAAACCUCUUCCCAAGAGACCAAUUCCGCCUCCACUUAAUAACAAUCCAACUUCGCCAACAUCUGUAUCAAACUCCUCUUUUUCCCCAACCCUAAAUGCAACUGAAAUGUUUGCCAACAAGAGCAGGUCUCACUCUAACAUGUCCUCAGAGACAAAUGAUCCUGUUGUCAGUCCAAACUUGCCCACUCAUGAUAACGUGGGGUUCGUGAAACCCCAAAGAUCAACUGAUUUCCCCGAAGAAUUAUACACAAAUAAGUUGGAAGAUUCAAAUGAUACCACGAAGACCGAUACCGAAAGUACAAGAAGCUCAGGCCAAGGGAUUGAUCCAUCAGAAAUAUUUCCUAAACCUCACGAUCAUAGUGACAAUGGCCGAGAGGAGGCUCCAAAUUCAGCAAGUAGUACAAUUGGUCCUAACGAAACACUUUAA